AUGGCUCAUGCUAAAUUGGAUUUUGAUGAUGAGGCGGCUUCCCCAUUAAUAUUAAAAGACUUUGUACACAAUGAACAAGAAGAACUUGCAGAAGAAGUAUUUUUCGAAGAACUUUCAACACAAUUAGCAGAAAAUCCAAAGGCAAUGGCUGCUUUAACAGAACAAUAUAUGAAAGGUGUCAAAUCUGAUUCAACUGAUCUUGAGAGUAUACAAUUAAUUCCGGAGCCCGGAUUUGUAGUAAAAUCUCGUAUAACGGCAUCAAACAACAAAAAACAUAAAGUUGGUUCGAAAUUUUUUAUUAAUGUUUGUUACUCAAAUAAAGUACCCCGUCCACCAUCAGGUUCUAGUGAAACUGAAAUACGAAAAGCAAUGAAUGGAGAAGAGGAUUCAAAAUAUUAUGUUCCAACCGUUAUUAGUAAUUUACAAGAAGAUGAAGAUAAAGAAAAGAAUCUGUGUUAUGAUUGUGAUGCUAUAAUUCAUCCACAGCCGUAUAAAAGAACAGAAGAUCCUGAUUUUAGAUUAUAUAUAUGUGAAUUGGCAGUGGAAAUGAUUGAGGAACAAUUUAGUAUAGAAUUGGGUCGCCCAUUUGCAUAUCCAAAAUUGAGUUACAAGGGCGAUAGAAAAGUGAGACCAGUUAUGAUUCCGAAAGAAAAGAAGUCUUUAAUAACUGAAAUUCCCACGAAGCUUAACAAGCAAGCGAUAGUUGAAGAUAACGAAAAACAAACUAAAAAUGAUAAAGCUCCAGUUCAACCUAAAUAUACAGUUACAGAAGGACUUAAAGAUAAUAAAUCAUACUUGAUCAUAUCUAUUGAAACACCUUCUAUGCAAUCGGUUAAGGACAGCGCAUUAGAUUUAGAACCUAUGCGUUUAACUUUUAACUCACCCAAUGUGUAUGAUUUGGACAUUCCUUUACCUUCAAUUGUGAAUAUCAUAUCUGCGAAAGCAAGAUUUAUAAAGAAUAAGAAAAAAUUGGUUAUCAAAUUAGAGAAAUAUUUUGUUCUGUUGCUUAUGGCUGAAACUUCUAAAUCUCCUCCAUACUCUUUUUUUGAUAUAGUUGAUAAAUGUGAUACUUAUCCCUAUCCCGAUAGCGCAAGUUCUGAAACGUUAAAUAACAAUAUUCCGUUUCUUCUGGAUAAUGAUAUCAAAGUCGGUCUUCUUCUCCCUUCAACUGUUAAGGUAUUGACAGAAUAUAAUAAUCGUUUAAAAAAACCAAAGCCAUUUAUUAUAGAGAAUAAAUUCGUCAAAUUUGCUUCCCAUUUAAAUACGUUCGAAUUAAGAACAGAAGUUGUUAAAAAACUCUUUGAUAAAUGGAGGGAGGAGAAGACCUUUCCAGCUCUAUCAGGUUGGCGUGAUGAGUUAUAUCCUAUAUACGGUGAUCCAAAUAAUCCAUCAGGCGUUGCAUUUGUCAUGGAACGUUGUGCGACUCCAUUAUUUGGUGUGUUGACUUUUGGAGUUCAUUUGAAUGGAUUCAUUCGGACUGAUCAAGGUGAACUAAAAAUGUGGGUGGCAAAACGCGCAAAGACGAAACCCACUUGGCCCGGAUGGUUGGAUAAUACCGUAGCAGGUGGAAUUCCACAUACGUUAAGUGUAACAGAAUCAGUCAUUAAAGAAUCAAUGGAAGAAGCUAGUUUACCUGCAAAAGUCGCAGAAAAAGCUCUUCCUACAGGUGCGAUUUCUUAUUUUAUAGAAACACAAUAUGGAUUACAACCUGAAGUUCAGUAA